CUCGAACGUGACAACUCCAGCAAGAACUAAGCCUUAUGACAACGAAUUCCGGCACAACCACAAUUCUUGGGACAGUCGGAUCUUGAUUUUUCUGCGAAUGCAAGGCGCGGAAUAUGGCUGUUACUCUUGCAUGAUUGGACAAGUGAGAGGGAGUCCGUUGCGCAAAUUGAAGCUCGAGCACCGAGAAAGCUCGUCCACGAGAGUCGCGACCUUUGCUUAUGGAGGAUAUACCACUUGGACGUCAUGGACGGCUACGCACCAGCCUAUGUGGCACAUAACAUCCCGCUGCUGGUUGUCUCUGGCCUCGGCCCGGGUAGAGAGGACGAUGUUCAGCUGAAGGAAGGGACACGGAUAUCUUCUGAAGUACCGACAGUUGAGUCUGACGACGCAUUGGCCUUAUUGAAGAUCUUCAAAGAUGGAGAUGCUUCUAAUCUGGCAUGGAAUUCUCGAGAGCAUAGUGGUAGAAACAAGUUCAGAGUGAAGACUGUGGGAAGGGAAUACAUUUUACCACUACGCAGCGCCCAAUUACCUGCUGAGACACAUACCAGCCCAACAUCGAAACCUGUUUUACAUUCUGUGCUGUCACCGCUAAGUCCAGGUUCGAGACUGUUCCCCGACGGCUUGCUAGACUACGCGUGGAUUGAGAAGCAUCAAGACCAAAUACCCAGCGCAUUCGUAAUGUUCUACACAUUCACCUCAGACCCGAACCUGUCUACCUUGCAUGAUAAUCAGUUGAAGACGGAUAUAAACAGUACCAAGAGCAUAUUGAGCCAAUCUGGAUACAAAAGUCGCUUGGUAGUGGCGCUGCUCAGCGAGAAAUCUAUCGUGCAAUCCCCGGAUGUUGAAGAACGUCUUGCCAAUAUUCGCAAAGCCACUGGCUUAGAUUCCAAAACCUCAUUCUUUUUCCUACCUCCACAAAGCUCUGUUGUUGAGCUUCAAGCAUUUGUGGAAACCAUAAUCACGACCAUAUAUCCCAUAUGUAUCGAAUACUACCGGGAUCUAAGCAAACAUUCUAGACGGAAACGGAACAGAGGAGUAGUUCCCCCUCCGACAGCCCCUCCCACGUCAGGAACUUCUCAGACGCUGUCAAGUCAAGGCUGGAACGUCAGAUAUGAUUUUAAGUUGGGCAUCUUUGCCGAGUUUCGACAGGAAAUGGACUCGGCUGUUCGCUCAUUUGAAAGCGGCUAUGAGGGUCUCCUUGGGCCUGAUGUUCUUGAAGCAAUAGCAAGUUGGAGCCCAAGAUGGAAUGAAGCCCGUCUCUUGGCGGACAUUCUUGCUUUUCGGAUCAUACGCUGCUUGCUAUGGAAUGGUAAUAGCACAGCAGCUGUACGGAGGUGGCAGUCGCACCGGGAGAGAAUUCGAGAUUUUGUGGAUCGCAGAGGCAAAGGUUCAUCGACAUAUGGAUGGGAAGCAUGGGAAGCUCGGUGGGCCACGGUCAUGGCUGAAAUGAUCAAGAGAGUCUCGUUCGUUGAUCUUUCAGGGCAGGCAAUCUUCUUACAAGCGGAGAAGACCAUUGCGAUCGGCGAGCGAAUACAGCCUUGGGAAUACCUUCACCAUCCUGGAUACUGGUUCCGUACUGCCGUAACGCAUCUCAUGGCACGCCGCGCCUUAGCACUGGUUAUACCGCAGGAAGAUCGCUCUCCCCCAGGGUCCUCUCCAGCAUCCCAUAUUGCUAGUAAAGCCUAUACGUAUGACACGUAUCUCUGCCCAGAGCCACACGAAGAAAACCCGCUUCCUGGGCGUCCUGGUAUUGACCAUUCGGCACUCAUCAUUGAUACUCUAGCUAAAGCAAUAUACGAAUUUCAGAAAAGAAACCAGUCUCGCAUUUGCCAAGAGCUGCAGCUUCUCUCUGCCAAGGAGAGUAUGAAAAAGGAAGCGUGGGAAGAUGCCGUGCAUGUCCUACGCCCUCUAUGGCAAAAGAUGUCCUAUAGACGUGAGGGAUGGUGGGAUGCAGUCGAAGAAGUUAGCUGGGCUUUAAGAAAAGCUGCUGUAUGCGCUGGUGAUGGUGGAUCGGUCGUCGCCGUGGAUUGGGAAUUAAUGAAUAGAAGUUUCACGCAUCAUUCCAGUUGGCCUUAUGAUUUGUCAAAAUCUUUAGAAGGCUUAGACACGGUCAAAACUAAACCUGCCGUCGUUUUACAUGACCACGAAAUUAAUUCCUUUCUGUCUGCGACCUACACUUUUGAGCACUCGGAGGGCAAAGUGGGAGAACCAUGCUUCUCUCAGCUUGCGGUCAGCUCAUCCGCUGUUCCAUCAGCUGCUCCUGUCACUAUCUCGGGAAUCACAAUCGCUUUCGAAGGGUCAAUGAAGCUUGUAGUGAUAUCGCAUCAACAUAGCGACGAUGGGGCGGGAGAUUUGAGCCAAAUAUCGCUUCGCACCGUCUCAUUGACAGAAUCAGCUAAUGAGAGCCAGCCUACUCUGAUCGGAGAAGCCAGCCUCAUAUUUCGACCCGGUGAGACGAAGAUCUUCGAGUUCAACAGCAUUCUGAGGGAAGCUGGGGAUGCAGUUGCUGUAUCUGCUACCUUCUCCAUGUCUACUGACCUCUUUGAUCUCGAAUAUAUCAACAAAUUCUCGCAGACAAUCACGCCUGAUGUCUGGUGGGGCGAAAAAUCUGUCCAGAGGAGGAUUGUUCGCGCCAAUGCAGCAUCGAUCAUCAUCCUUCCAAAACCGCCGAAAAUCCAACUCCGACUUGUUGGAAUCCAAGACCAGUACUAUAUGAACGAACAGAUCGUGCUACAGGUCGAAAUCACGAAUGCAGAAGAAGUUGACACUGUCGUUAAUCUCGAAGUAAGCCUCCUCGGAGAAGAGGCACCGGCUAUAAUGAUAAAACUUGAUGGUGCCGACGUGCGUCCAGCAGAAGACAGCGACAAUUCUUCACUUGCUGGAUCUCCGAUUGGCCGGAUUGGAAGUACAGCAUCCACUAUUGUGGACAUUGUCAUUCCCCCACUGGACUUGCCAGCGGUUUACGAGCUAGCAAUGAAGGCGGCAUACAAUCUUGUGUCUGACAUGGACACACCAGUAUAUCAGUCCAUGUCAAUACAGCUGGAAAUCAUCAAUCCGUUUGAGGCUAAUUACGACUUCUCGCCAAGAGUCCAUCCUGAUCCGUGGCCUAGCCUUUUCUCUCAUGAUGAAGGUGAAGACUCGGCAGCCGAUCAAGAGGUCCGGGCUCAAGGCCUAGCACAGAAAUGGUGCUUGACAGCCAGAUAUGCGUCUUUUGCCGUAGAAGAUCUUAUUGUAGAAGAUAUCGAUGUGAAGGUUAUCGGUUCCAAUGGAGGGAUAACAUGCUACACAGAAAAGCUGACGAAAAUUCCGGACACCGGUCUCCGCGUUUCCCCUAAGAGCCUGGAAGAGGCCCUAUUCGAUACUUUUACCCAAAAAUUCUCGCUCGAUGAUCGAGGUACGGCAACGCUGGAUGUUUCUCUAGCCAUCAAGUGGCGGCGCGAUGGAGAGGGGUUCCCAGUGAACACGACAGUUUUGGCAGUUCCUCGACUGCUUGUGUCUAGUAGUGAGCCACGAGUCCUUGCAUCCGUAUCCUAUUCCACCAAGUUGCCAUCUAUGAUUCACUUCGACGUCACAAUCGAAAAUCCUUCCAAUCACUUCUUGACAUUCGGCUUGACAAUGGAGCCUAGCGAGAAGUUCGCCUUUUCUGGCGUCAAGUCAUCAACAUUACAACUUGUCCCUUUAUCGAGAAGGACAAUGAGGUUUCGACUGCUGCCAACAGUGCGUGGAGAGUGGAUUGGACCUAUCCAUUGCGUCAUUCGAGACAGAUAUUUCCAGAAGGUACUCAAGAUAGCACCUACCGAGGGAAUGAAGGUCGAGAAAGAGGGAAUCCUCGUUUGGGUACCUGCGGAUGAUGAGUUCUGA